UGCGAUACCUUGGCGUUUGGAUUUCACUGCAAUGCAAUAAGAUGUUUACUGUCAAUCAGGUCGUACAAGAUGUGAAAUCUGCUAUAGCGAUACUAGCUAAUAAAAAGUUAACAGAUAAACAGCUCAUUUAUACGUACAAUGUAGUAAUAAUCCCACAUGUUGAAUAUCGUACACAACUUGUGCACCUUUCUGAAA